AUGGGCUCGUCAGAAUCCAUUCGCGACUCGGAGAAGGCGCUGAGCGCUACUCCGAGGACCCUCACCGGCAGCAGCGACGGCAAGCCCAAGGAGCUCGGAGCGGCUGUCAAGCUGCACAUGUUCUCUAGUCCGCUUGUGAAGCAGAGCGACUCCGAUCAACAUCAUCAAGAUGGAGUCGUAGAGUAUCCUCAGAUGAAACGCUAUGAGGAGCCAACACUGCUGGAAAUCUUCUAUGAUUUGUUCUUUGCCGCAACAUACAACGCCUUUUGCGAUGUUAAGCAGGUCACUGGCGGUCGCACAUUCAAGGCCUCUAUCGGCUAUUUCUGUCUACUCUGGUUGACUUGGUUCGCUGUUACACUCUACGAAGUUCGCUACGCCACCGAUUCCGUAUUUUCCCGUGUUGCGACGGCUGUACAGCUCGGCGCCUUGAUUGGUUUCGUCGUCGUCGCUCCCAAGUUCGACCCUUCCUCCGACUCACAGGAAUCGAGCGUGAUGCAAAGUUUUUCACUCAUUCUGGCUGUAUCCCGCGCUGCCCUCUUCGUCCAGUACUCUUGGAUGCUCUUCCAUCUCCGCAAGCACAAACGCAGCAUCCUCCCACUUGCUCUCCAGGCAAGCAUCUACUUUGUCGCCGCGGUUGUAUAUCUAGGCGUCAGCUUCGCCUUCAAGGAAGACGGUCGAAACCGUGUUUACAUGACGUGGUACUUCAUCUCUGGCGCGGAGGCUCUGGCAACUCUUGCCAUUGCACAGAUGGCGCACACAGUCGAAAUCAGUAGCACGCAUCUGAUGAAGCGAAUGGCGCUACUGACUGUCAUGAUUCUCGGAGAGGGUGUCGAGUCGCUGGCCAAAAAGGUCAUUACCAUUGUUAAUGGUCCCCGCUUGGAUUCCAAUGUUUGGGACAACACUACGCGAGGCUACCUCGCUGCGGCGGCUGCAACCAUUUACUUUGUCUUCUUAGUCUAUUUUGACUGGCUGGGCCACAACUUCAAUCUCCCUCGCUUCCGUCAGGUCUUCUGGCUCAUUGUCCACCUUCCAUUCCACCUCGCUCUCGUUCUUUUCAUGCAAGGAUUUGUGCAGCUCCUCAUUUGGGGCAAGAUUGCCACUGCCAUCAAUCAAAUCCAGGAUAUUGGCGACCCCUCCGACACAUAUGAUACUUAUAACCAGUCCAUCACCUCUCAGCUGGUUGUCCAGAGCCUCAACGCCUCAAUUCAGGGCUUCUUCCAGUCCUACCCGGUCAAAAGCACGGCCACCACAGACGCUAUCAAUGAGGCUCUUGGCAAUAUUGCCAAAAUCCCAACUGACUUUUGGGUUGCCGUGGUCAACGCUACUACUGACAUAAAUGAUCCUAACGGUCCUCAACCAGCCGUGAUAAACAACUUUCGCGGCACGCUGCUGGAAGCUCUCACUAAUAUUAUUGCCACUCUAUGCAAUGUGGUCUUUGCGGCCUUUGGCAUCGAUCUUCAAGGUGAAGUUGCAGCCAAAAAUGCUCGGCAGGGCGAUCAGAUUACGAAAACGAGUUUCCAACUUGAGAUUUCUUAUCUAAACUGGGAGCGCUAUGGCUUGGUAUUUGCGUAUACAUACGUUGCCUCUGGUUGCGCCAUUCUAUUGCUUGUGGUGCUCAAGAGCAUCUCCAGCACUCUUCCUCGGCGUCUCUGGGCCAUCAUUCGGCUCGCCAUCAUCAUCGUACUGGCACUCGGAACAGGACUCACUGCGAUCCUGUGGUAUGACUUCGACAGGGCGUGGGACUUUCUCAACUCGUCAUGGGUUUCGCCGACGAUUGCACUGGUAUGGUUCUGCCUGGUCGUUAUUACACACAUCAAUUUGCGACCAUUUAAGCGCGGACUGGCCCUCUUCAAGUCAGCGAGGAAGCAAAGGAAGAAUAAGAACAAGAACAAGAGCAAGAACAAGCACAAGAAGAAGGUCGUGGCAGAGGAGAAUGUCCCUACAACGGAGUAG